AUGCACUGCCAUGCUUAUUUGUUGGGCACUGAACUGACAACUCCUAAUACCUCAAGGACCAGGUGGUGCAGGAAUACUGCUACCACUCCCUGGGACCGGGAUCUCGAACCCGGAAUUUGUGACAAAGGUGUCGUCACCACCGGGAACAUAACUGCCGCCGCUGGUCCUGCCACCGGAUGGAAUGCUGCCAAAGCCAGGGAUGGGGGCACCGGUUCCCCCAUUGGUGCCGGUGACGGGAUUGUAUGUGAAUGGAUUGAAAGGUAA